UGUUCACGUGACCUUCCUCUUUUCUUUCUACCUCGAGACCCCCCACACUCCCAAACUCUCACUUCUCUACUGCCCAACAUCCUAGGCAGUUGUGGUAAUAGUUAAGAGAAUCUCAACCCCAAAUCAAGAUUCAAACAUUUCUCUUUUUUCUACUUAAAGAUUCAAUCUUUUUCUUUCUUUGUUGGAUUCUGCUUUUGAAUGGCUUCAGUAACUAGUAGGAGUUCAUCAUAAUCAUGUCAUUUUUAGCAUUUUUGGUUUAACCCCAAAUCAAGAUUUCACCUUUUUUUUUUCCUCAAAGAUUCAAUCUUUCUUCUUCUUUGUUGGAUUGUGUUUUUUGAAUGGUUUCAGUAACUUGUAGGAGUUCAGCAUAAUCAUGUCAUUUUUAGCAUUUUUGGUUUAACCACAAAUCAAGAUUUCCCUUUUACUCCCCAAAGAUUCAAUCUUUCUUCUGUUAUGUUGGAUUUUGCUGUUGAAUGACUUCAGUAACUAGUUGGAGUUCAGCAUAAUCAUGUCAUUUUUACUAUUUUUGUCAAUCUUUCUGUUCUUGGUUUUCAUUCUUGAAGCAGCAGCAGCAGUUCAUAGCUGUUUAAAAUCUGAAAUCUCAUGUCCACCUUUUGCUUCUUUUCCCCCUUUUCCCUUUUCUUCAUCUCCUGGUUGUGGUCAUCCUUCUUUUCAAAUCCAAUGUUCACCUUCACAUGCUGUUAUUUCAAUCAAUAACUUGUCUUUCUCUUUGCUUCAUUAUGAAUCUACUUCUUCAACUCUUCUUCUUUCUCCAGCUUCACUUUCACAAAAUGAAAUCAGCUCAGUAUCUACUGAUUCCAAGAACUGUUCUUUGCACCAUAGAUCCAUUUCUCUUUCUGGUUCACCAUUCAAGGUCUCUGAUUCAUCUUGCUCUAGGCUUUCUGCUCUUAGGCCAUGUCCACCUACAAAUCUCCCUAAUUGUAGUCACUGUCCAUGGCAAUGUAAACUUAUCAAGAACCCACUUCAGCUUCUGCAUGAAUGUGGAUUGAGACACCAUUUUGAGUCUGAUGAAAGAUGUCAAAGUGACAUUCUUGGGUUUCUUGAUGGUUUCUUGAAAAUGGGGAUUGAGGUUGAGUGGGAUGAAGAACAAGAUUCAUAUUUUACAAGCUGUAGGACUUGCAGAGCUAGCAGUGGUGUUUGUGGAUUCAAUUCUUCACACCCAAAGAAACCAUUUUUAUGUUUUCCAUCAUCACAAGUUAGGUACUCACCUCCUUUGAUUCGACAAAAAAGCGCUAAUCGUAUAGUUAUGUUGUCAAUGGUCUUUCUAUUAGUGUGUUUUCUGGUUGUUUUCUCUAUUGGAUCUUUAAUUUUUCGUUCAAGAGAUAAAGGGGCUGGUUCAGAAGAAGAUCCCACUAUCAUUUACCUUCGUAGGCAUCGAUCAGCUAGUUUACUUCCACCAGUUUUCCCUUAUGAGGAACUUGAAAGCUCUACAAAUCACUUUGAUCACAAGAGGAAACUUGGGGAUGGAGGAUUUGGUUCUGUGUAUUUAGGGAAUCUUGAUGAUGGUAGGCUUGUUGCAGUAAAGCAUUUGCAUAAGCAUUCCCCCACUGGUACCAAAGCUUUUUCAACCAAGUCAUUUUGUAAUGAAAUCUUGAUUUUGUCAUCAAUCAAUCACCCAAAUCUAGUCAAACUUCAUGGCUAUUGUAGUGAUCCAAGAGGGCUUCUUUUGGUUUAUGACUAUGUUCCAAAUGGUACUCUUGCUGACCAUCUACACGGUAACAAGAACUUGUACAAAAAAGGUUCUUUAACUUGGAGUUUAAGAGUUGAUAUAGCACUACAAAUAGCAAUGGCAAUUGAGUACUUGCAUUUCUCUGUUGUUCCACCUAUAGUUCAUAGAGAUAUUACAUCAACCAACAUUUUUGUAGAAAAAGAUAUGAGGGUAAAAGUUGGUGACUUUGGGCUAUCAAGACUCUUAGUAUGCACAGAUACAUCAGUAGCAUCUGGUGAUUCUACUGGUGAAGUUUGGACAGGUCCACAAGGAACUCCUGGUUAUUUAGAUCCUGAUUAUCACAAGUCGUUUCGAUUGAACGAAAAAAGUGAUAUAUAUAGCUUUGGUGUUGUGUUGUUGGAACUAAUAACAGGUAUGAAAGCCGUAGACCAGAAGAGGGAGAAGAGGGAAAUGGCAUUAGCUGAUAUGGUAGUUUCAAGAAUUCAAAUGGGGCUGUUGCAACAAGUUGUGGACCCUUUUUUGGUGGUGGAUGGUGAAGCAAUGGAAGGUGUCGGUGCAGUCGCGGAGCUAGCAUUCCGAUGUGUAGCGGCCGAUAAGGAUGAUCGCCCUGAUUCAAGAGAUGUGGUAGCAGAAUUGAGAAGGAUAAGGGGCAGGACUAGAGGAGUUGGAAGUGGUGGUAUUUUGAGGACUUCAAAUUCUAGCAACAUGGUGGUUCCUGAUGGGAUUGGUCUAAUUGACUAAUUAGUCGAUUAUUUGGUAAACAGAGUUAAUCGAUAUCUAUACUGACCAGAAACAGUCAGUGUCAUAGAUAGAACGAUAACUGUGUUGAUGAGAGGUAACCGAUACAUAGUAUGGUUGUGAGGUACCAACAUCUCAUUGAAUAAUCCUCUGUUUAAGUGUAAAUGUGUAUUGUACAUGUGUGUGGGUGUGGGGGUGGGGGACUUUGGACUGAAAAGGUGUCAGUUGAAGUAUUUGUUUGACUGUAGUAAAAUGGAAUGUUAAUAUAUCCCACUUUUUUUUACUACUUAUGAAA